AUGAAGGAAUUGAGGAAAUCGAAUAGAGCUUCCAGUGCUAUCCUUCGCCAGGCAAACUUGUCUCUACCAGAGAAUUGCCCUUCAAAAGUUGGUCUUAAGUCGAUCAUGUCCCGUGCUAAUGUUGUGGACUCGAAGAAAUGUCUUGAGCAGUACCAUGCAUUAAAUGUGAAGCCAUCGGCAGAUAAGCUUCAAUGCAUUCUUCAGAUUAAUUGGACAUGCCCUCCCAAACAAUUUGCAUUGAAAAAAGAAUGGUGUGUGGCUGCUGGUGAAGAAAGUGAGUGCAUAGGGCGUCAAAUGCCACCUCUCAGACCCUCUGUCUUGUCCGAUGUGGAAGGUGAAUAUUAUGAUGAUAGUCACAUUCCACAAAUCCCAAUCGUUCCAAUUGAAGAAGUAGUAGAAGCACAAUUGAAUGGAUUAGCACCAGUAAAUUCUUGCCCUGUUUCACAGCCACCACCAAUACUCAAAGACCAAUCAAUAUCUGAAACACCUCAUUGCAAUCUUCCUGUUUCUCUACCCAAUGAAAAAGCUGUUGUUGACUUUGUACAUGGUUUAAAAGAUAUUGAUCUGGUGUCUGCUGCGACUGCUUCUGCUGCCGUAGCUUCCAUUUUGCAAAGCAAAGAUCAAGGAAGGUCAGUUGACCCAAAUCUGUUGAUUGAGCUUCUUCGCGACCCAAAAAUGACUUGGAAAUUGGUUGAUAAAAAUAAGCUUGGUGCUGAAGUGAAGACUGGACCUAGAGCUGGACCAGAACCAAUGGCAUCAUUUCCCUUGCCAAGUUCAACGAAACAUAGUGAACUCUCAAGUAGAGAAACUCCCGCUAUUUCCAAGCCUGUGACUGAGAAAGAAUUGAUUCCUAUGCCUAGCUCAAAAGCCAGAACUCGGAGCCAAACAGUCAGUGCAUGUGGAAAAGCUCAUGCAGUAAUUCUGCCAAUGUCUGCACCAAAGCCGGUGAAACAAGUAACUCCCAUCUGGAGAUCUAAUUCUGGUACGUCUCUGACUAAGAACUUAAUUAUUGAACCUGGAUCUUCUACUCGUUCAAGAAUUAGCAACAUUGGUGGGAUAAAGCCAGUGUCUUCUAUAAGUACUUCCACCUCGAAAACAAAUAUUGAACUGUUCAAAAGGAUGAUUAACGAAUAUGGAGCACAGGAGGUAAAGCCAGUUGCACAUCGAAUUCCUUCUGCCUCAAAACCUAACGAGGCGAUUGAAAAACUUGUUAUUAAAUAUACAGGACAUGAUAAUUCAGCCACUUUAAAAUCUCAUACGGUUGCAAACCUGGGUACUUCAAUGGAUUCUGUUCUGCAAACUAAGGCCUUAUCAGGUACUGUUGGCAGAUACCAUUUUCCAUCAGUGAUCAAGGGUAACUCAGCACCUUUAUUGAAGGACAGUGACUACUGUAAGUCCCUAAUAAAGCAAUAUGGUGGUGAAACUCAUGUAAAUGAGAAGCAUGAACUAUCCAAAAUUGGGCAACCUGGUAAAAGUUUGCGUGGACUAGAAUUUCAUCGAAAUACAAAAUUUAAACUAGAUCUAAAUUAUCAGAUGCCUAGCAUGUAUCUCAAUGGCCAGUACCAGCAUCUUACGCCUCAGCCAUGGAGCAGGCCUGGUGGGGAGGUGCACUCUCGUGUUUGGCCAGGUAGGGUGGUGGAGACUUCUGUUGCCAAGAGAACGAAACUCGGGUAA